CAAAACAGCUUGCCAACAUUAAGGCAACCGGUUUUUUUCCAUCUGUUUCAUUUUCCUUGAGGAGCGAGUCAGAGACAGACUGAGGACUGUGAAAACAAAACAACAGCAUUGAAGAAGAAUGGCUCUUGUGCUCACAAGCAUCCCCGCUUACUUCAACACUACGGCCAUAAAUGGAGAGCAAAACAGCACGAAUGGGACGGUGUGUUAUAGUGAUGAACCCAAUUUUUGGCACACCUCUGUGCUGCCGGUGUAUAUCCUGAUCGUUGCUGUGCUGGGAAUUGUGUUGAACAUUUUUGUCCUAGGGGUUUUCUGUCUUCAUAAGAAGACAUGUACUGUGGCUGAGAUCUACUUAAGCAACAUAGCUGCUGCAGAUCUCAUCCUAACAUCCUGUCUUCCCUUCUGGGCUGUGAAUGCAGCAAAUAAAUUCAACUGGCCCUUUUCGAAUCACCUGUGCCGACUGGUCAACUUUUGCAUCAACAUGAACGCCUACUGUAGCAUCUAUUUCCUCGUUAUGAUAAGCAUAGAUCGUUGCAUGGCACUGGUGAACCCUCUGUCCCAUAAAGGAAUAUGGAGGCCAAAAUAUGCCAAAUUGGGCUGUGUGCUGGUGUGGGGUUUUGGCUUGCUCCUAAGUGUCCCCACACUUGUCUUCAGGGAAGUGAAAUUUUUCCCUAAAAUAGCAUUUCAAAUAUGCCAUAUGGCUUACCGAAAUCUCACCGAAGAGGUUGUCUUUGAUGUGAUGCUGUUGACAUUUGGCUUCAUCAUCCCCCUUUUCAUUAUAUUCUUAUGUACUAUCAAGAUUGUUCAAGCUCUGAACGACCGGAUGUUUGAGGGGUUAAAGACCGAGAAGAAGGAUCAAAAGGCCACCACCCUGCUGCUGGCGGUCCUCCUGGCGUUUAUGAUCUGCUGGAUGCCAUUCCACAUGUUUAAGAUAUUACAUUUGCUGAAAAAAGCUCAAGUCCUGACAGGGUGUCACUUUGAGCAUGCCCUUAACAUCUGCGGCCAUGUCUUCAUGUACCUCGCCUUCUUCAACAGUAUUCUUAAUCCCAUCCUCUACGUCAUUGUAGGACAGAAAUUUCGGCAAAAAGUGAGGGAAGUCUUUAAGCAGUGGAGUCCUACCAGAAAAGCAACAUCAGUCAUGCUCUCCUGCGCAGAAUCAACCCAGAUGAGGAGUGUUGUGUUUUCUCAUGCUGUUCUGCAGGACAUUUCUUAAAAGCUGUUGUUUUUGUUUACUAUCUUUCACAUAAUGAAGUUAUUACUUAUGCUCCCCGAAGAAGAUAUCAAGUAAUUAGGUCAUUUCGAAGUUCCUCAGAAUACCCAUUAAAUAAAUGGUCUAAUACUCAGAUUAUUAUUUAGAUUAUUUCAGAAUUAAUUUGGUUUAAUCAAACAGUGUCCUUCAUCUAGUCUUCUAUGAGCAUCAGGAGAAGGAGGAAAAAGAUGACCAUAAUAUAUAGUAGCAACGUAUAAGCGCUACUAAUAUCAACAGACCAGAGGAAAUCAAUGUUGUAGUGACCUUUUAAUGCUUGGGAUUAUUACAGGAUGUGGGACGUAAUUUGUAUUCCAUUAGUAAUGUAAUGCCCAAAAGAGAUGGAUUUGUAUGCAUGGCAUGAAGUGUUUCAAUGUUAAUGUGUGCAUGUCUUUGUUUCUGUGCACUGUCAAAUGCUGAAGAUCAUAACUUCUUGUAAUAUUUUAAUGUUAUACAUCCAAAAAACAAACACUGUUUCUUAACUAGUUAUUUAUUCUCUUAUUUAUUGUUACUCAUGUAUCUUUUAUUCAACUCCAGUACAGUAGUCGGUUAAGAAUAUACCCUUAAUCGUCCCACAGAGGGGAAAUUUACAUUCUGCAUUUGACCCAUCCUAAUCUUAGGAGCAGUGGGCUGCCAUUAUGUACGGUGCCUAGGGAGCAGUGUAGGUAGUGGUGCCUUGCUCAGGGACACCCCGGUAGCAUUCGGUCUUUACCCCUAUGUCAUUGUAUAAAGAAGUGCUUUUACUUUUUGCAAAGUUUUGCUUUUCCUGAUCAAUAAAGUUACAAAUCUG